UGGGAGUAACUCGGAGUAACUCUGAGUUUCUCAGCUUCCUCCCGAGUUUUUCAAUUCCCACCCGAUUGUCGAUACCUUGGUAUAUGCAACCAUGACAAUGUUGUUUGUUUAUGUUUUUUCGCCAAUGUGAAAAUUACAAGGAAAAUUUGCCGUCGUGGAGUUCAUCACGUCGAUCCAUCUGUUUCACAUGUUUCCGGAUCUGGAGAAAGGUGGACUUGCAACAUACCGCGCAGCAGCAUUCCAGGAGGACAAAAGUCUGAGCAAGAUUUGGAUUAACUAUCCGCUGCAGGAGCAGGAACCGCUUGGCGAUCUGCACCACAUCGAGUCGUUCGAGAUGCUGAGGACGUUGACCAAGUUUGAGGAGUCGAUCUGGGUUUGCUUUUGUUUCGAAUGCCUGUAUUGACACUGCUGCGGAGCUCGCUGGUCAACAACCGAAACCAGGCCGUGAUCUGCGACGAUCUCGGGAUGGCCUCGUACGCCGUCUACUCCAACAAGAAAGCGGACCUCAAAACGAAACAUCGAGCCGAUCUGCUGGCAGCAAAAAAAAAGAUCUUUUCCCGCAGGUGGAUCAUCAAAAGCGCGUCAUUGCGCAGAGUUUGAAGCGGAAAAAGGUGAGGACCGGUGACCGGUUCGACCACGAGCGACGCGAUUC